GAAAAGCAACGUAAUUUUUGUCACAAGGACAGUACUGGAAAAUAGAAAUUGUCACGACUUUUAUACCCAUUCGGAAAUGAAUUAUACUCCAGAGACAUUCUCAAUUGGAGUUCCUGGAAAUAGAGGAGUAAAUUUUGUAGGCGGCAAUGUAGAUCUCAGUGGUACAUUGAUUAUUAAGGCUCGUCUAGGGGAUGAUAUAAGAUGCAUUCCAAUUCACAACGAAGAUUUGACUUAUGAUGAUCUACUAUUGAUGAUGCAGAGAGUUUACCGUGGUAAACUUAGUAGCACAGAUGAUAUUACCAUCAAAUAUAAGGAUGAAGAUGGCGAUCUAGUAACUAUUUUCGACAGUUCUGAUCUUGCCUUUGCACGAACAAUAUGCAGAAUAUUAAAGAUUACAUUGUUUGUUAAUGGUGUACCUAGACCUCCUGAACACACACUGGUUGCAGAGUUUAGAAGGGAAUUGACAGAGGUUAGGGAUAGGAUUAAUUAUCUUCUGAAUAGACUGGAAGUAAAGGAUGAAAAUGAGGAGAGGAAGGGUGGACAAGAACAGCCAAAAGAUAUACCUAGUAUGCAAGGUCCCCCUAAUGAAAGAACACUUCCAGCCCAAAUGCCUCCCAAACCAACCCCUGAGGUGACCAUGUUUGAUCCUCUUGCUAAGGACAAAGCACAACCGGACAGUUCGACGGGAAACAUCUCAGGACACCUUUACCCUAGCACUGCAGGCACUACUGAAGGAAUAGCAGGUUCCAAGAACCAAGAGCCAACCUCACAAGGGUACCCUCCACAGUCCAUCCCAGCAUCACAGCAGAUGCAGGCUCCAGGGCAGCAGAACAUUACACCAUCACCUGCCAACAAAGUGGCUGGAUCAUAUGCCCAGCAAACUCAGUAUCCUCAGCAGGCUACACAAACUGGACAAAAUGCUCCGCAGUCUUAUGCCCCCACCUCCACCCAGACGCAAUCUUCUUACCCAGGUAUGACAAGUUCUGUGUCAGGUUACCCGGCUAGCCAACCGCUGCAGCAGCCUUAUAGUCAACCAAGUCAACAAAGUUACCCACCACCCACCGGCUCAUCGGCAGGGGUAGCACCCUACUCAACUGCAGGACAGACGCAGACACAGAGCUAUCAGGGUUAUGUACCUCAGCAGCAGCAACAGCAGCAGCAGCAGCAGCCUGCUACACAGAAUGCUUAUGGAAGUACUCAAGGGUAUCCUACCAAUCAACAGUAUUCACAGCAGCAAGGGUACAGUCAGUAUGGUUACAACUAUCCGCAGCAGCAGCAGACAUAUCCAACAUACUGAUAUCUUUGGCCUUUAGCCAUGGAGGUGGUAUUAAUGUCAACAUUGUAAAUGAUUUUGUAGUUACAGGAUCAUUUAGGUAAUGGGGUUUGGUAGUACAUUGAAAUACAAUGUACACACUGGCUGACUUGCUAUAGAUUGAAUAGUCGACUCUUUCUGGGGUGCACACUGUCAACAAUAAUCCCUCCUUUUUGUGGUUGAAAUAAGCUAAGUUUUUUUGUCAGUGAAAUGGUUGGGACUACUUUUGAUUGUCCCUUAUUUGAAGGUGUCUGCUUUAUGGGGGUGUCCAUUCAGUGAGAAGUGACUGUCUUAGUUAAUGACAGAAACUCUAAGAAAACACAAAAUAAUUGCUGCAAAUGAGCAUGGAGGUGCAAAGUUUGAGAGGACUGAUGCACAGAUAAUGCAUAAAUUUAAAAAAAAAUUUGGGUUGACCUUUAGCAAGUUUAUCCCAAUUUUUACUGAAUUUUCAUUUCUUUUUAUUGGAAGCAUAUACUGUAUUUAUUCAGCUAUGAUUUUAG